UCACGCAGUGCGGGCCGCGGAUUGGGUGCGUAUGCUGACCCCGGAAGUGCUGCGCGGCCGCACACGUGGGUGUUUGGGAAGCUGAGGACCCAGAUGAGGCUGGUUGGCCGCUUGCAGGGUGCAGUAGCCGGGAUCGCAUGUCACAGACAGACCCCGGUGGUAGAUAUGGCCUGUAGGAUAAUGAGGCUGCCGGCCGGACCUAGGGGGUGUAGGAACGGCCCGGACAAGGAUGUGAAGGGUUGGAAAGAAAUACUGAAUACUUCUGCUGGUAUUCUGCAACAGAAUGGAGUGAUUGCUUUACCCACAGACACCAUCUAUGGCAUUGCCUGCCUGGCGCAGAACUCUCAGUCCAUUAGCAAUAUUUACAACAUCAAAGGACGCAAUGGGACCAAACCUUUGGCUAUAUGUGUUGGGGACAUUCAGGAUAUAUAUAAGUACUGCCAGGUUAACGUCUCUGACCAGCUGCUCCGUGAUCUCUUACCUGGACCCGUCACACUUGUGAUGGAGCGAUCAGAUGGACUUAAUAAGGAGCUUAAUCCUUCUACUACUCUGGUUGGUGUUCGUAUUCCAGACCAUGCAUUUGUCAGACAACUGGCACAGAUCUCCUCUGAGCCCCUGGCACUGACCAGUGCCAACAUCAGUACCCAGCAGAGCACAUUGACAGUAGAGGAAUUCAGGGACCUGUGGCCUAUGCUGUCCCUUGUGGUGGAUGGAGGAUCUAUUGGAGACUUAUCUAGUCCCGAGUGUAGGUUGGGAUCAACAGUAGUUGAUCUUUCUGUUCCUGGGAAGUUUACCGUGAUCCGACCUGGAUGCGCUCUGGCUCCUACUCUGGAGAUCCUGAAAAACAGACACGGCUUAUUAGCCACAUCCUGACAUCCUAUUCUGUGGGACUGGAUUUCCUGCAGACCAUAGAAGUCAAGAGAAUCCAUGUGACUACAGACCAACACAUGAAAGCAUGCCAUGUCUCCAUUGGCUUUACAAGUAAUGGCACCGUAUUUUAGAUACUGGAUUAUAUUUGAACUGUCAUGUCCAUGGAAAGAAAUCAGGGAGCAUACCCGGAUAAAAUUUUAUUUAUUUAAGAUGAUAAACCUUAAACUGAUCUAUUUUGUUGUAUUUCUUUUAAACAUUAGGUCAACAAAUAUGUGCAUAUAUAGCUGCUUCGUUUUCAGACCUCCAGGUGCAACUUAUCUUCAUUGAAAGGUUUUGAGAUCAAAAUAAAAACUUUUUUUUUUUUUAAA